AUGGAUCCUUUCUCUGCACUGAGCCUGGCCCGCAAUGUCAUCCACUUCGUAGACUUUGGUACCUGGGUCGUCUCGGCUAGCUUCGAGCUCUACAGUCCUGAUGGCAUAUCUACCAACGUGGAAUUGGAGUCUAUCAUGCAUGACCUCACCGGAAUCUGCGCGGGUCUGGAGCAACCCGAGGACUCAAUCGAUGAGCAAGUGGCGUCCAAACCGGAGCUCGAUCUGAUUACCUCUCGCCUUAUCAUGCAAAACCCUUGUAGAAGAACCUUUCGUUCGGCCCUAGCCAUUGAGGGCGAUAUAUAUGCGAAACAGCUGAAGGCUUAUCCGACAACUUUCGAAUGGCUGUUCGCAGACGUCCAUCCCGCCGAGCUCGCAGAGGUUUCCACGCCGCCAUUUUUCAAAGCGAGCAAUGGCAUAUACCGGGACGGUGGGAAAGCUGGGUCCGGGGAACCAACCCGCAUGAAGUUCCUCGCCAACAAUGAGAGGGCGCACGAGGCACUUAGCAUACGGGCGGGCGAAACGCCGCUCCUUCGUCCCAUUCUCCGGGACAAGAGCUGA